CGACACGAAAGUUCCAAAAUAUUUACUUUACCUGCCAGCAUCGAGCAGUGAAUUUGAAAACUUCACACUUCUUCAAUCUUUCUCUUUUGAUUUACUUCUUCCUCAGUAGUAAACAGGACCAAAUCAAUCAUGGCAAGUAGAAUCGCAGAACUCGCUGCACUCAUAUCCUCCAACACGCAAAAGAUCGACGAAUAUCUCGCGUCAAACUCACUGCCCCGCCCAUCAUUCGAAGAAGAUGGCCCCGUAAAGCUCGGUCUGCCCGCUGAACUCGAAGCUGCUCGCAGCGCAACUCUCAAUGCUACAGCAGAGCUCGAAGCCUUAUUGAAAACCCCAGAUGAUCUCCUUCGACCCAUCCUGAAUGGCACGAGUCUUGAAGCCAUCUCCCGCUACGACAUGGCUCGCAAGGUUCCCGUCGGUGGUACGAUCACCUUCGAAGAGCUAGCAGAACAAUGCGGUCUCUACGAACCUGAUGUUCGUCGCAUCAUCCGUUUCGCGAUUGUGCAUCACUUUAUCUUCCGUGAGCCUUCUAAAGGUGUUGUGGCUCAUAGUGCGGCUUCGAGACGAUUGGUUGAUGAUCAGGGUGCGAGAGAUGGGUUGGGAGUCAUGUUUGAUGAUUGCUAUCAAAGUUUUGGACGGACGGUAGAGGCUAUGGAGAAGUACAAGGGACAGGAAAUGGCGCAGACGGGCUGGGCUCUCUCUCACAAUGGAAUGUCGCUGUUCGAGACCUUUGGCAAAGUGCCCGCCAAAGCUAAACGUUUUGCUGGAUCUAUGGCCGCCUUCAACGCAUCUCCAAUGAUGUCACAUAAGCACAUAGCUACCAAUUUCCCCUGGGAAACCCUAGGAGAGGCCACUGCCGUUGAUCUAGGCGGUUCCCACGGAGAGCUCUGCGCUGCCCUGGCCCCCACAGCCCCCAAGAUGAAAUUCAUUGUCCAAGAGCUGCCCCGCACGGUACAGAGUGUCAACCGUGACGCACUUCCUUCCGCUGUUGCUCCACAAAUCGAGUUCAUGGAGCAUGACUUCUUUACGCCACAAACGGUUACUGCGGCAGUCUACAUCUUCAGGCAGAUCUUCCACAACUGGGCUGAUUCGAACGUCAUCAAGAUUCUCCGCCAGCUGAUCCCAGCACUGCAACCAGGCGCAAGGAUCCUUGUGCACGACCUACUCUUGCCAGAGCCGGGGAAGCUGCCACUGAUGAUGGAACGACAAAUUCGGGCCAUGGAUAUGCUGAUGCUAUCUAUCUGUAAUGCAAGAGAGCGCGACGAAGCGGAUUGGCGACAGGUGUUCACGGAGGCAGACCCACGUUUCAAGGUUCUGCGUGUCUUUACACCGAAGGGAUCAGCUCUGGGACUCGUUGACGCUGUGUGGGAGCGAGAGUAGUCUGAUAGGACAAAUGCUUUCCAAAUCAUCACAUAGAGUGGUACAACCGGGUGGACAUCCGGACGAAAUGAAACCCCAUUGCC